AUGACUUACUGGUCUGUCCAGGUGCAGAUAUCAACCACUUGCUUGACGUCUGCGUAGUCACCUCUCCACAUACUGUAACUGAACUGUAAUAAACUAAGACGUAUUGGUAGUAAUGUAGAUAAACACACUAAAAAAACUUCACCACAUCUCACCUGAGGAAGAAGGAAGAGGAAGACUGCGGCUCAUGGCUGUGAUUUUGGUCGCUUUCAUAUUUGUGUUCGCCGGUUUAUGUAACAGGACUUUCCUCGCUGUCGGUCAGACUUGUGUGGAUGAGGGCAGGUUUAAGGAGCAGGUGCUCUACAUAGGGCAGCAGGGGCCUUCAUAUCAACUGAACUGCCCCCUGGAGCCAGCUCAGCCCCAGUUCAAGCUAUCCUGGCUGAAGGACUGUCGGCAGCUCGACACUCAGGAUGGGAAGGCCUACCUGACGUUUGCCAGCCUCAGUUUGGAAGACCAAGGGAAUUACACCUGUCAGCAGCAGGACAACAGCACAGCUUCAUUCACUGUGCGUCUCAUAGUUAAGGAGUCCCAGUGCUCCAAAGCCCCAGAAUUUCAACCUAAAGUGGACCAAACCAGGCUCCAGGAGAAUGUAGUGAAUCUGAACUGCUCUGCUCUGCUCCCGUGGAACCCAAGUGAGAAGCAAUGUGAUACCACGCUGCAGUGGAGUAAAGAUGGCCAACCUCUCAGCAACCACACAGUGCUUUGGCAGAAUAUCUCCUCAUGGUCCCCAAGUGCCGGCCAGCUGAUGGUAAGCAGUCUGUUGGUGAUCACCCUCAGGGAGAUGGAAGAUUUUGGGCUGUACAGCUGCACAGUGAGGAACGUUUCCUCUGACUUCAGCGUACAGAUUAUAAGCAAACCCAGCCACACAGCUGCUGUUAUUGCAGCCGUCAUCCUCCUCCUCCUCCUGGCUGUAGCUGCUUUUGUGUACUCCAGGUGUCACUUAAACAUCAAACUCUGGUACAGGAACUCAUAUGGAGACUUUGAACUGAAUGAUGGGAAAUUAUAUGAUGCCUACAUCUCCUAUGUGAACAAUGACUAUGACAGGAAGUUUGUCAACUUUAUUCUCAAACCUCACCUGGAGAAUAAAAAUACGUACAAGUUGCACCUCAAUGACAAUGAUAUCCUACCUGGCUCAGAACCUUCUGCAGAGCUGCUAAUGAACAUGAGUCGCUCUCGGCGUCUAAUCGUGUUGCUUUCCCAUGCUUACCUUGAUCAGGACUGGUGCUCCAACAACUUCAGGCAGGGCCUUCUGCACUUGUUGGAGCUGUGUCAGCAGCCCAUCAUCAUCCUGUUGGAGGGCCAGUCCAAACGCAUGAGGCCUGAGAUCAAGCAGCAGCUCAGUGAGCACCAGCACUGCCUCACCAUACUCACUUGGAGGCACAACUCCGUGACUCCGUCCUCAGUCUUCUGGAAGGAGCUGGCCUUAGCGAUGCCUCGCAGGGUCGUCUUCCACAGUGAGUCUGCAGGCGACCCCCAGACUGUGCUACAGGAUGACAAAGACCCCAUGCUGACCCUCGACCCUGACUACUUGGACUGCCGCUCAGACACGGACCCUGCUGGAGACCUGGGUGUCCGCCUCCCUGUGUACAAGGCUCUGGCCUGUAAAGCUCCGGUCCUCCCUGCUGCUCCAAUCACAGUGGCUGAGCCCAAACCCUUAGACAUCGACGUGUCUGAUCUGGGAUCACGCAACUAUGGAGCCCGCUCAGACUUCUACUGCCUGGUCACUGAGGACGACAUUUGAGCCAAACUCCCCUCAUCCCUGCUGAUCUCUGAAAAUAAACACCUACAUGGAGAUCCUCAUUAGCUUUACUUUAUAUUUUUAUAUGUCAAGUUAAAUAAAUGUUCUUUUUCUUUCCGUGUGUUAUUAAAAUCAAAGUGUUUAUGUUUUUUUUUAACCAAAGAGAGAUUUUUAAUGUUUUUGUAUUUUGUGCUGUAUCAUAAUUUAUGAGGAAUUGUACAAGAAAUUAUCUGAAAUAUUUGAGUUAAUCAGGGAGAGAAAUAAUUUACUGUAUAUAUAGAAAUGUUUAUUAUUAUUUCAGAACCAGUAAAUCUUUAUUAGUCCCCAGCAGAGGGCAGAGUAAUGUCAGACAAGAUGAAGGAGUUCUGCUUUUUAAGCUUUUUGUUUUCAUGAGACAGUUGACUAUACACAAACGGUUGGGAAGUAAAGAGCAAAUACAUGUGACCUAAGUCCUGGAGUCAGAUUUAAACCAAGAACAGUGUCACUUGUUUGCACUCCAGUCGACUAAAGCAGCAGGACACACAUGACUGCAGAACCCGCAGGUCCUGACGUUUUUGUACAGGUGUGGGCUUUGUGAGUGAAUCAUGGCAAUCACGUCAAUAAAGCAAUUUGACAAAAUA